ACUUCAGCACAGGACCUCAACAUAGGCAUAUUGUCGGAUUCACUUACAUUAUUCCUCAAGUCUUUCACAGAGAGCCAUCAGCCGAAUUCUUCGUUUGGGUGCCUCUUUUAAUUUGUCGAUUUCUUCACGGACGCUGGCAGAAAACGUGGACUCUACUCAUGGACGUCUAUAUGCGCGUCACACUAUAACUGGACAUUGCCACAGUUCAGAAUCCUUGAUCUGAAUCAAUAUUGAGCUUCGACGAAGAACAAAUAUAGUAUAGUGAUUUAGACAACAAAUCAGAUGACUUGUCCUGUCGAAGAUCAACAAACCACAAAAUCCUUUGGAUGGUUUCAAUCAACAUCAAUCAAUAAUAUAUAGGCAAACUGAUAGAUUUUUGCCCAUUUCCCACAACGUUCUGGAGUUAGAACAAGAAGGACAACUCCGCGACCGUCAUGGACACUUCGAGGGAAACUGGCUUUAUUAACAGUCGCCCAUCAAUAGCUGAGUUCAUGAGCGGGAUACCCCACCUGGGUGAUACGGACUCUUUUCAAAACUCAUCAAUCACCGGGAACGGGCCAACGAUGCCCGGGUACUGCCAAACUAUGAACGGUCUCCACACACCGUGUGAUCCUACCACUGCUGAACUCGGAGGGCCGGUUAAGAGCCCCGGUGCAGACGGACCCGGAGGAAAUGGCUCUGGGAGGAUGCCUGACUACCCUUGGAUGAGGGAAAAGAAGCAAAUACGACGAGGAGGGGGGACGCACCAUCCUCAAACCUUGGCGGGGACUCUCGAGUACACACCUACGCCCCAGCCACCACCGAAGCAACAUACUCGUAGAUUACGAACAGCAUACACCAAUACACAGCUCCUAGAGCUCGAGAAGGAGUUUCAUUUUAACAAGUACCUCUGUCGACCGAGGAGGAUAGAGAUCGCCGCCUCUCUCGAUCUUACGGAACGACAAGUGAAAGUCUGGUUCCAGAACCGUCGCAUGAAAUUCAAGCGUCAGAGUCAACUAAAGCAGCAAGACGCCCCGAAUAACGAUGACAGCGUCAGCUCGAGCAGCCCCGCGGCCGACAGCACGUCAGAGGGGGGGCAUCAAAACGGAGAUCUCGACGGAAAAGAAGACUUCAGUCCUAAGCCCUCACCAGCUUCCCCGGCGUCGAACCACCAAGACGACGACAUGGACAAAAUGGACACUCUAAAGAUGUUAGACGAAGACGCAGACAAUUUGGACGGACUUCAAAAUGGCGGCGGUUCAGCUCUCGCUGAUCAGUCACCACGUGACAGCAAAUCGCCUCCUCAGACGAUUCAAAAUAACUUUGGGGAAGCACACGUCGGUAACGGUGACACCGGCGUUCUUGUGACACAAGAUGGCGUUGCCAUGGAAACUAAACAGAAAUGUGACUCUGUCGGCAGCGUUCCUACACCAGAGAGUUCAGUGCAAGAUGACCCGCGUACAAUGGCAAGCCCUGGCGCAUCUAAUAACGGCCAAUUACCUCAACCUGACGACAAUGCCAACAGACAAAUGGCAGUCACAGGAGAGGUAGCUGACGAAAUGAGAACAAAAGGUGAAAUGUCAUCUGAGAAGGGGAGAUUAUCGUCACCGGGAAGCGUGCAACCACACUCACAAUCGACCCCACUGUCGACUUCAUCGACAACCAGCGACCGAGCCUCCGUGACGACGGCGUCCAAGCCGCGUGACGUCAUAGCUGGGGAAAUAACACCGUAUCCGGGACACAGCGGGUUAGACAUGCCGUCAAGGGCACCGCCUGGGAGCAUGGGGGCUGCACUAGCUCAUCAAGCCCCCCGGGGCAUGACAGGUUCGAACCCCAGGGUGUUUCCAACCUCUCCGUCUGAAGCUAUAAAUCAUCGUCUUACUCCCCGGGUGGGACAAACAUUACACAAUGCAUUUCCUGGUCACCAAGGAAGCGUAGUGCCUGUAAACGGCAACGUUAUAGAAGGCAUUAGCUACCGGGGCGCUGUUUCACCGACAACCUGUCAUUUACAAACUCUGGGUAGUUAUUCAAAUACCCCCAGCUAUCUCACCCCGAGAACUAUGUCUUCUGCUAACAUUCCGUCUGCGCGCAUGCGCGGUCCUCCUUACAACAAUCCCGCAGAAACGAGUUUCAGCGGAUUUGAUUAUCAAAAUUCUGCUCAAGUGCAUCAAAAUUUCAUGGAAAAUCCCAUGCAAUAUUACAAUGGCACGUUUGCAGCCCAACAAGAGCAGGGAUUCAACAAUAACAACAAUAAUACAAAUAUCGAAUCAUACGGAAUGGGACAAAACGCUGAUGGCUUCUGCGAUUUUCCUCAGAAUGCAAACGGUUUCGACCAACAGCAACAAAAUGUUUCUACGCAUGCCCACACAGGCGUGUAUAAUGGCGGCAUAGGCGGCAUCAAUAACUAUUCCUACUGCAAUUCAGCAGACUCUACCACAUUUCCCGGUAGUUGCUUUGGAUCUCAGGUCCACGGCAGUUACCAUAUGCGUCAAGAUAGUUCUGGCUAUUACAAUAACUGCGCAUACGGUGAGACAGCUCCAACUAUGUCGAGUGGAAGUUUUAUGGCCAACGACUUUUCUUCAAUCUAUAACGAUGCUUUCUGCCAUGAUCAAGAGUUUUUACAUUUAUGAAUCUUAAUUUGAGUUCUUGUCAGUAUUCCCUUUUUUGUCCGAAGUGUUCAUUUUUUUGUUUUCGUUUUCUGUUAGUCUCAGAUUUUUAAUUAAGAUAAAAAAUAGAUAUUGAUGUAUCCUGGGCACAUUUGUGGAAUUUGCAUAUGAUUAUCAUAUUUUACUCCAGUGGAGCAUUAGGGCAAAUAGACCGCCAGGACACGUCUAUGGAGAUCAGGAAACAAUAUGUCACUCUGCAUACUAGAGCGUAAAUAUCACAAUCAAGAAUGACUUUCAAAUUCAAAUGCCGUUCUUGAACCCGGUAAUGGUAUAGACGGCAUAUUCUUUAUUACUUAAGAUUGUUUUAAAACAUUUAGAAAGAGCAAAAUGCAAAUUAAAAUGUAAACAGAGGAUUUAGAGUUUUAUUUACCAAGUCCUCAGGCUGGUUUGAGUUAUAGUUUGGUGCAAUAUUGAGGGCGCAUCUAGUAUUAGAGUGGUAAAGUAAGCUAUUACUGACUGACUGCUUGUUAUAUUCUUUACGAUGGUAUCACCUCAGAUCUGUCGAAAUCCAACUUUCUAUUUUAUUUGUAUCACAACGGCAUUGUUAUGAACUCAGCGCCGUUGUAUAUUUGAAGGGUUUAAUUUAUAUGUUAAGAGUGCUUUUUUUUUAAAUUUGUGUUGAAAGAUUUCUGUAUAUAAUAUACGUAGAGAUCGUUCGUAUAACCAGACCAUUUUGUAAUGACUCUCUCGUUGUACAGAUUACGUCAACUUUAGACGUAUGUGUUUUGGUAAUAGCGUCAUCACGGUAACAUCACAUAGUAUUUUAUCAAAUGGGAAAAAUGUCAUAGCUGCCUGGGGAUAGUUAUUCUAAAUUUCAAAGCUGACAAUUGUCAUGGAAUAUUUUUUCUUGCAUUAUCACAACGUUUGAUAUUUGAUUUUAUUCUUCACGGCUAAGUCUAUUCAUCGUUCACAUAUAUAAGCAUGGUGGUAAUAACAAACUGGAUAUUUUCUAUUUGGAAACUUGAACCAGUAAUAACAUGCCGUUCAGGUUGAACAAUUAGCGCAAAUAAUAUAUAUCCCAUGACUGUCAACACUGCAUUUUAUACGGGUAUUUACACGGUGGUUGUAAUUGUUGUUGCAGCAGUAACAGCAAUAGUUGAGAAAACAUACACCAGGGGACUCAAUGCACCGUGGUUUUUAAUAAUAUUGCUUUUUAUUCAUUUUUUGUUCUUUUGGGAUGUUUAGGAUGAUCUGUCAAAAAAAUCAUGGAACCCAUUAUCUAUUUAUCUGUACCUUUUAACUCGAAAAGCCACCGCGGUCGUUUAGUGCUUGGGAAGUUUAGGUAGUAAAACAAAUGGAUACAGUUAAUGCACUUACAGAUCACAAUUGAUGGUUGGCAUUUAGUUAGCAUGCAUAGAAGGGAUUCAUUGGGUUGGCGUGAUCUUGAGAUGGCAAAGGAGGGGGCAUUUACGCUUAGCAAUCGGGCUACAUUUCGUAUAUACUCCUUACGAAACCUAUAGCAAACAAGAUUCCCACCUUCUCGAAAAAAUUCCCAUUUCAUCAUUGUCUUCAAAUACAACAGUCAACAAAAUACAUAACAUAAUAAUGACGGUUAUUCCAAGCUGCUGGUGCAUGUAUGCUAGAUCUAUCUGAUAACAACAUUGUAUCUCGUAUGUAUACAAUAAUUCUUUAGGAUUACCCUUCUUUCAAUUUUACCACAAUGACAUCGCUUCGAUUUAACACCCUAGAGAAAUGCCCUCUUUAAGUGGGCGGACAGGAAUCUCCUAAGUGUCAUUGUUAACCGAAUGUGGUAGCGUUCCACUUAAAAGUUGUAUCCCCGUCCGUGGUGUAACAGAGCAACCACCAUCCAUCAAAUCUGGCCGACAGCUCACAAUUAUCAGCUCGCUGUCAGGUGACAGACCGACCCCCGAGAAUACCAACUCCUUCUGUGACACCAUAAACACUGAAUACACGUUCACACGGAGAGAUUUUAGGCCAUUUCUGGUCUGGUUCGGAAUCGGUUUUUAGCCACUUUCAAAAGCAGCGCGAUUGCUUGGCUAAGGUAGUUGUAUGUAAACCUGUCAAAACCUUCUCAGUCAUGGGUACAAUGUAUUCUACGAAUUGUGUCAUCUAGUGUUAAGGUGUCUCAGAAGUAGUAGGUAUAUAUAUAUCCAUUUAUUUUUUCUCAUAUUAUUUAUCUAUUUAUUUAUUUAUUUAUUUAUUUAUUUAUUUAUUUAUUUAUUUAUUUAUUUAUUUGUGAUGAUAGAAUAUAGAUCAGAUUCCCUUGCUAAUGCUCUAAGUUCCUGAUAUUUUGAAUUUAUUAACACGCUCCUCCUCGUGUGGACAUAGCAAACCGAUUCCAGACUGCUUCAAUAAGUUAAUGAGUUAUUUCCUAUGUGAACUUGACCCAAAUUAUUGUUCAAUACUCAAAUUUUAGAUAGGAACGAGAGACGAUUACCACAAUAAUAUAAGUAAUAUGAUAACGUAGCCGUGGUGUUAAAUCCCCAAUUACACUGGACGGCGUCCUGUAGUACGGC